AUGUCUACCCAAGCUCCCUCCUCGACGACAGAGGCCUCUACAAGCAUCCUCCCACGACGCGACCGAACCCCCUGCGCAGGCUGCGGCUACACCCCGCAGCGCGCCUACCAAGAUCGAACCAAAUACAGAUCCCGGCUGGCGCUCGACUUCGUCGGCCGCGACAUCGCGACCUGGACUAUCGGCGCCGACACCCUUCUCAAAGACAGCUCGGCCGCGCAGGGCAGCAACGAGGUCGACACACUCCGCUUCCUCCGCGAGAAGGUGCCCGAGCUGCCCACGCCCGAUGUCAAGGCCACGUGGGAGACGGGCGGCAGGCGGUACAUUGUCCAGGACCGUGUGCCCGGCCAGACCCUCGGCGCGGUGUGGCACGAGCUCGACCUAUCUACCAAGGUCCGGAUACUGGACCAAGUCGUUGCGGUGGUCUUGCAGUGGCGCACCUUGACGAGCGGCAAGAUGAGCAGCGUCACCGGUGGCCCAGUCGAAUCUCUCCGUUGGUGGUCGGCAGGAUUCACGCCGUGGGGCCCCUUUCGGCGCAAGCGCGAGCUGUUCGCCUACUUUGAGGAUGCGAGGGGCGGUUUUCCUGGGGCGGCCCGCGAUAUGCUGUGGCGGAAUAUGCCGGACUGUCGGCCUUGGACGUUCUCGCAUGGCGACCUUCAUGUGUACAACAUCAUGGUGGAGGAUGGGAACCUCUCCGGGAUCAUCGACUUUGCGACGGCGGGGUUCUAUCCGAUAUGGUGGGAGUAUGUCCAGCUGAGGCUCGCGUGUGGAGCCAGGCCGGACCACGAGUGGAAGCACAUGCUCCAGCUACGGAUGAAAGAUUCGUGCCAUGAGGCCGAGGCGGCCAUGACUUCCCAAACGAACGUCUUCGAAUAUGCGAAGUGA